CUCAUAGCGCAUGUGAGAGAAAAAUUGCUUGAGAACAAAAGAUAACAAAUCAGGCUGCAAAGAUGGCUUCCAUGACCAUGACUGCUUCAUUCCUCGGUGGUGCAACCUCAACUGUGACCAGAAAUUCUUCCGGCAGCAGCCGCCGGGGCCUCGUUGUGGCCUCAAGAGCCUCGGAAGGAGAGAAAACCAGCUUGGAAUUCAAGCAAAACGGCAAGGAAGAGAGCAGCAGUCGGAGGGACUUGGUCUUUGCCGCUGCAGCUGCUACAGCAUUCUCAGUUGCCAAGCUUGCCAUUGCUGCUGAAGAGCCAAAGGCUGGGACCCCAGAGGCCAAGAAGAAGUAUGCCCCUGUUUGUGUCACAAUGCCUACCGCACGUAUCUGUCGCAAGUGAGAGGGUGUUUGAUUUCUUUAUUUUUUUCUUGAUUAUUGUUUAUGGUUGGUCUAAGGGAAAUAUGUAAAAGAUAUGACUCUUAUGCAAAUUUGUAUCCUUCUCACUGGAACAGAAUCCUGUUCAUCUCAUCCAAA